GCAGCAGCAGUCAUCGUCAGUCUUUUUGGUUUCGCUCGCGCGGAAGUGGAAGAAGACGUCGUGAUUUUUCCGGGUGAAAAUUGUGCGCGCCCCCGCGGCUUCUAGUCCAGUGUGCAAAAGUGCACGUAUCCAGUGAUUCCGUUGGCCGGAAGUAGUGUGCAGUGGUGUUGUGAUUUCCCACCAACCCCCUGGUCGAUUCGUUUCGACAGCCACCGCCGCCGCGUGUUGUCCCCGGUGGUGAAAUCAAAUUGGACCCGAAUUGCAUCUGGAUAUUUCUGGAGAAGGAGCAGCAGGAGAAGCGCGUGAAAAAUGGACAACGCCAAGAUUGCCGAACUGCUGCGGGCCACCAUCGACCCGAACCAGCGGCUCCAGGCCGAGGAACAGCUUAACCAGGUUCACAAAAUCAUCGGUUUCCUGCCGAGUCUGCUGCAGGUUAUUAUGCAAAAUGACGUGGAAAACCCGGUUCGUCAGGCCGGUGCGAUCUAUCUGAAGAACUUGAUCACGAGCAGCUGGCAGGACCGGGAAGCGGAAGCCGGCAAUCCGAUUCCGUUCUCGAUCCACGAGCAGGAUCGGGCCAUGAUUCGGGACUCGAUCGUGGAGGCUAUUGUCCACGCGCCGGACAUCAUCCGGGUUCAGCUGUGCGUGUGCAUCAACAACAUCAUCAAGAACGAUUUCCCCGGCCGGUGGACCCAGGUGGUGGACAAGAUUAGCAUCUACCUGCAAAACAGGGACAUUAACGGGUGGAACGGAGCCCUGCUGUGCAUGUACCAGCUGGUUAAGAACUACGAAUACAAGAAAUCCGCCGAACGUGCUCCGCUGACGGAAGCGAUGAACCUGUUGCUGCCCCAGAUGUACAAUCUGAUGAUGAACCUCAUUAACGAUCCCUCCGAGCAGAGCGUUCUGAUGCAAAAGCAGAUCCUCAAGAUUUACUACGCCCUCACGCAGUACGCGCUGCCCCUGGAGGUCAUCACGAAAGACAUCUUCGCCAACUGGAUGGAGAUUUGUCGCCAGAUCUUGGACCGACCGGCGCCCGAUUCGUCCCACAUUGACGAAGACGAACGGCCCGAGAUGCCCUGGUGGAAGGCCAAAAAGUGGGCCUCCCACAUCGUGUUGCGAAUGUUCGAACGGUACGGAAGCCCCGGCAAUGUCGUCUCCAAGGAUUACAACGAGUUCGCCGAUUGGUUCCUGCAGACGUUCACCAGUGGGCUGCUCAACGUGCUGCUGAAGGUGCUCGACCAGUACCGGAACAAGAUCUACGUUUCGCCCCGGGUGAUGACCGACACGCUCAACUACAUUAAACACUCCGUUUCCCAUGCCCACUCGUGGAAGAUGCUGAAGCCGCACUUUAUUGCGAUUCUCCAGGACGUCAUCUUCCCGCUGAUGUCGUACUCCGAGGCCGACGAGGAACUCUGGGAGGCCGAUCCGAUCGAGUACAUCCGGCAAAAGUUUGACGUGUUUGAUGAUUACACGACGCCCGUUCCGGCGGCCGAAACGCUGCUGCACAACGUGUGUAAAACGCGCAAGGGAGUGCUGCCGCAGGUGAUGCAGAUCAUCAUGCAGAUUAUCAACGCUCCGAAUCUGAACGCCAAGCAAAAGGACGGCGCCUUGCACAUGGUCGGAUCGCUGGCCGACGUGCUGCUCAAGAAGAAGGUCUUCAAAGACCAGGUGGAGAACUUGAUUAUGCAGUACGUGUUUCCGGAGUUUAGCAGCCCCCACGGACAUCUGCGGGCCCGUGCCUGCUGGGUGCUGCACUACUUCAGCGAGAUCAAGUUGAAGAACCAACAGGUGCUGGCAGAGAUCAUGCGACUCACGUCGGCCGCCCUGCUGAACGACAAGGAACUUCCCGUCAAGGUGGAAGCCGCCGUUGCCUUACAAAUGUUCCUCAUUUCCCAGGACAACGCCUCCAAAUAUCUGGAGACCCAGAUCAAGGAAAUCACCAUGGAACUGCUAAAGAUUAUCCGCGAAACGGAAAACGAAGAUCUUACCAACGUGCUGCAGAAAAUCGUGUGCACCUACUCGGACCAACUGCUGCCGAUCGCGGUCGACAUUUGCCAACACUUGGCCACCACCUUCAGCCAGGUGCUGGAAGCGGACGAAAACUCGGACGAGCGGGCCAUCACCGCGAUGGGACUGCUGAACACGAUGGAAACCCUGCUCAGCGUGAUGGAGGAACACCCGCAGGUGAUGCUCACGCUGCACCCGAUCGUCCUGCAGGUCGUCGGCCACGUGCUACAGCACAACGUCAACGAGUUCUACGAGGAAGCGUUCUCGCUCGUGUACGAUCUGACCUCCAAAUCGAUAUCACCCGACAUGUGGAAGCUGCUGGAAAUUAUCUACCAGCUUUUCCAAAAGGAUGGAAUUGAUUACUUCGUAGAUAUGAUGCCGGCACUACACAACUACAUAACUGUCGAUACGCCCGCAUUUUUGUCCAACCAGAACCACGUCCUCGCCAUGUUCAAUAUGUGCAAAACGAUAUUGACCGGCAACACGACGGAAGAGGCUGAAUGCAGUGCGGCCAAGCUGCUCGAGGUGAUCAUCCUGCAGUGCAAGGGCCACAUCGACGAGUGUAUUCCCAGCUUUGUGGAGCUCGCGCUGACGCGGCUAACCCGCGAGGUGAAAACGUCCGAGCUGCGGACAAUGUGCUUGCAGGUCGUCAUAGCCGCCCUGUACUACAACCCUCAGCUGCUGCUGCAAAUCCUCGAGAAGAUUCCCCUUCCAGUGAGCAACGAAUCGAUAGCGUCCCAUUUCAUCAAGCAGUGGAUUCACGACUCGGACUGUUUCCUGGGAAUCCACGACCGCAAGCUGUGCGUGAUCGGGCUGUGCACGCUGAUGAGCCUCGGCGACGGCAAGCCGGCGGUGCUGAGCGAGCUGAGCGAAAAAAUCAUUCCCACGCUGAUACUGAUCUUCGAUGGGCUGAAGCGCGCGUACGCGGCCCGUGCCUCCGAGGGCGAGGAGGAGGAAAGCGAAGAGGAGGACGACGACCUGGAGGACGGCAUUUCGAGCGACGAGGACGAGGUCGACGAGAUGGGACCGAGCUACUUUGAGCGCAUCGCCAAGAUGACCCAGGACAAGGCGGCCGAGGCCGGGUUCGAGCUGACCGCCACUAUUAAGGAUGCCGAUUCCGACGACGAGGACGAAGACGACGAUGACGACUCGGGCGACGAGAUGGACGAGACGGCGCUGGAGGGUUUCACGACGCCACUGGACGACGAGGAGAAUCCGGCUUGCGUGGACGAGUACAUUGCCUUCCAGGAAGUCAUGACCAAUCUGCCAAACGCCGACCCGAACUGGUACAACAUGCUUACCAGGAGCUUGAAGCCCGAGGAGGCUAAAUCCCUGCAGGAGAUUCUUGUGCUGGCCGAGCAGAAGAAGGCAGCUAAACGUUCCAAGGAAAUUGAAAAUAGCGGGGGAUACCAAUUCACGCAGCAUCAGAUUCCAACCUCGUUCAACUUCAGUGGCCAGCAGUAAAGCGACGGAGCGAUAAACUAAAGAAAACGAAUAAAGUUUUAACGAAAACAAUAUAUAAACACACAUCUGUACAUUAGAAUACUACAGCAGUUUAGGGAAUGAAACAAAACAAAUAUUACGACGCUAGGUUCACUAUAAAAAAUACAUUAUAUUUUUGUCUGUAGUGAAGCAUGAUCGCGAAAUGAUGAACCAUCACCCAAGGACACAUCCGACAGAAAGGAUAGAAAACCAACAAAUUGCAGGGGACCGGAAAGCGGAACAGAAAGUUAUUUCAUCGUGGAAAAAAAACCGAAACCCAAACCCACACACGUUACAACAAUACUUUGUUUCUGUUAUGUUACACGUUCGGGACUGCAUGGAACGAAGCGAAUGUUAACAUUUCCGUUUUAUUCUUUAUGUGUUUUAUCAUAUUGUUUAAUCGAUGCGUUGUCGCCACGCUUGCAGAAAGAAAAAAAAAAUCAGGGAAAAAUCAGCUUGCAAAUGGAUAAGCUUCACUCACUCACUCGCGUGUGCAUGAAUGAUUGAUUAAAAAUGUAUACAUUAAGCAUCAGAACAUAGACACACACACACACAUAAACAUACAAACUGGUAAACAAUAGAUUCCUAAUCGCCGCGAAACGAAAGCAAC